ACUAAAUAGUAUUUUUUAUUCCAACGAUCUUGAAAAUCAAGUUUAAGCGAAGGGCAAAGCAAAUGGAAAAACCAACACCUGACGGAGAAGAAGCCAGCGGCAGCUCCAACUGGAGUGAGGCUGUGGAAGACCUGGUCGCAAUAGGAGACACAGAAGCCGCCAUUUCUCUCCUCGAAACCACCGUUUCGAAACUUGAAAACCAAGAAUCGGCCAACGAGUCAAUCAAUAUUCAGUUAGCUUCUGCUCUUGCUAACUUGGCCAAUCUCUAUUCCUCUAAAGGUUUCUCUCUUAAAUCCGAUCAGCUUGUCUCCCGUGCUUUUCAAAUUCGUGAUGCAAAAAUUGUAAAAAAGGACUUAAAGGAGUCUUGGGAGGAGUCUGCUCAUAAUAGGCCUCCAAAUGAUGGAAAUUUUGAGAAAUCAGCAGAAGAAAAUUUGCCUCAAGAUGAGUCUGCAGAAGAUGAUUGGGAAGCUAUUGCUGAUCGUGCACCAAAUGAAUUACUCUCCUCCCAAUUCUUACCUGAAGUAUCAAAUCUUUCAUUGGAAGAUACGAAAGUUCAAGCCCCUAAACGUCGUGGAAGGGGAACAUUCUCAUAUAAAAAGAAUGAACUUUAUAGUGAUCAACAACAUCAUAAAACAUUUGUUGAAGACACAGAGGAUGAAGGUGUGAGCCUUACUUCUGAAAGGAAUCCAGAUUUAAAACAUUCCAAAUAUGGUACUCGCCAUGUUCUUGUUCUGGCUGACUUUUCACCUAGUAUCAGGACAACAGAUCUAGAAAAGCUUUUGGAGGAAUUCAGAGACCACGGAUUUGUUAUUCGCUGGGUCAAUGAUACAGUUGCUCUUGCAGUGUUUCGUACACCAUCAGUAGCACUUGAGGCAAGGAAUCACAUUAAAUGUCCAUUUACUGUACGUAUACUUGAUGAGGAUGACAUCCUUUUGGGCUCAAUUUCAACUAAAGAUCUGGAACCUCCUCGUCAAAGGCCUCAAACAUCAGCAAGAACCGCCCAGAGGUUAAUUGCUCAGGGAAUGGGAUUGAAGUUGCCUUCCAGUUUUGGGUCUAGAGAACUGAAAAGCCAGGAAGAAGCCAGACAUAAUCGAAUACAGAUGAGGCAAAAAUUGAGAGAUGAUGCCUGGGGUCCUGAUGAAGUAAACUAGGUUUUAUAUUCCAUUGCAUACUAUACUUAUAUUUUUUUACUGAUUCUUCACUGAUCCACAAGUUUUCCUCUAGUAUGAAAGAGCGAAUCUUGAAAGAGUGGGAAACUUUUGUUAUAUGAUGGUAGGCUCUGUAAACUGCAAUGGUGAUGCCGCUGCAGUUUCUGUUGCUAGCUGUAAUUAACAUCUAUAUGGUGGUUCAUAAAUAUUGCAAAACUUGUGA